UACUAGCUUAAAGCCCCACGACACGUCACACAGCUCCCAUAUCAUUCAUUUCAAUUCAACUUCUCCAAACGCCAAAAGCAAUUGAAAUUGGAAUUUAGAAUAGACGGUGAGGGAGGCAGAGCCCAGACACACGACACAGCAACGGGUGAGUCCCCACUCCCAAUCCAAUCAAUCGUUUGAAAACCCUAACCUAGCUAGGGUUCCACCGAUCGAUAUCCAUGGCGGAAGAGGCACCUGCUCCUCCUGCAUCCGCUACUGCUCCUCUCGGUUCGACCGUGAUCUCCCUCGUCAACCGCCUUCAGGACAUCUUCGCCCGCGUCGGAAGCCAAUCCACCAUCGACCUCCCCCAAGUCGCCGUCGUCGGCAGCCAGAGCAGCGGCAAGUCCAGCGUCCUCGAAGCCCUCGUCGGCCGCGACUUCCUCCCCCGCGGCAACGACAUCUGCACGCGCCGCCCCCUCGUCCUCCAGCUCGUCCAGACCAAGCGCAAGCCCGACGCUCCCGACGACGAGUACGGCGAGUUCCUCCACCUCCCCGGCCGCAGAUUCCACGAUUUCUCCGACAUUCGCAGGGAGAUUCAGGCUGAAACUGAUAGGGAGGCUGGGGGAAACAAAGGUGUCUCAGACAAGCAGAUUCGACUGAAGAUUUUUUCACCAAAUGUUCUUGAUAUCACACUUGUAGAUCUCCCAGGAAUUACGAAGGUUCCUGUUGGUGACCAGCCUUCUGACAUAGAAGCUCGAAUCAGAACAAUGAUCAUGUCAUAUAUCAAAACUCCCACUUGUCUCAUUCUAGCUGUCACCCCAGCAAAUUCAGAUUUGGCUAAUUCAGAUGCUCUUCAGAUGGCAGGGAUUGCUGAUCCUGAUGGUAAUAGAACAAUCGGUGUAAUCACAAAGUUGGAUAUCAUGGACAGAGGUACUGAUGCCCGGAAUCUGUUACUAGGAAAAGUUAUUCCUCUCCGACUUGGUUAUGUAGGCGUUGUAAAUCGUAGUCAGGAGGAUAUUCAAAUGAACCGGAGUAUAAAGGAUGCUCUUGUUGCUGAAGAGAAAUUUUUCCGCAGUCGUCCUGUAUACAGCGGUCUAGCAGAUAGUUGUGGUGUUCCUCAACUAGCAAAGAAGUUGAACCAGAUUCUAGCACAACAUAUAAAGGCUGUGCUACCUGGGCUGCGAGCACGCAUAAGCACUUCACUAGUCUCUGUUGCGAAGGAGCAUGCAAGCUAUGGAGAAAUCACCGAGUCCAAGGCUGGUCAGGGUGCACUUCUCCUGAAUAUUCUUUCAAAAUAUUCCGAAGCAUUCUCCUCCAUGGUUGAAGGAAAGAACGAGGAGAUGUCCACAUCUGAGCUAUCUGGUGGAGCACGAAUCCAUUACAUUUUCCAAUCCAUUUUUGUCAAAAGUUUGGAGGAGGUGGAUCCAUGUGAAGACCUGACUGAUGAUGACAUCCGUACUGCCAUACAGAAUGCUACUGGGCCUAAAUCAGCAUUGUUUGUUCCAGAAGUGCCAUUUGAAGUCCUUGUGCGAAGGCAAAUAUCCCGUCUAUUGGAUCCAAGUCUUCAGUGUGCCAGGUUUAUAUAUGAUGAAUUAAUAAAGAUCAGUCAUCGCUGUAUGGUGACUGAACUGCAGCGAUUCCCUUUCUUGCGGAGGCGCAUGGAUGAAGUUAUUGGGAACUUUUUACGAGAGGGCCUUGAACCCUCGGAGAACAUGAUUGCACACAUCAUUGAAAUGGAGAUGGACUACAUAAACACUUCCCACCCAAAUUUUAUUGGUGGAAGUAAGGCAUUAGAAAUUGCUGUGCAACAGACCAAGUCUUCUAGGAUUGCUAUACCAGUUUCUAGGCAGAAGGAUGCUCUGGAAUCUGAUAAGGGAUCAGCCUCGGAAAGAAGUGUGAAAUCUCGGGCUAUUCUUGCAAGACAAGCUAAUGGAGUAGUUACUGAUCCGGGUGCCCGAGCUGCAUCAGAUGUUGAAAAAAUUGUUCCCUCUGGAAACACUGGUGGAUCAAGUUGGGGUAUCUCAUCCAUUUUUGGUGGAAGUGAUAGCCGUAUGCCUGUGAAGGAGAAUAUAGCUAGUAAGCCACAUACUGAACCAGUACACAGUGUGGAGCAUUCAUUCUCUAUGAUCCAUUUGAGAGAGCCACCUCCUAUCUUGAGGCCUUCAGAGACCAAUUCAGAGACCGAAGCUGUUGAAAUAACAGUGACAAAGUUGCUUUUAAAAUCAUACUACGACAUUGUCAGAAAAAAUGUUGAGGAUCUUAUCCCCAAAGCAAUUAUGCAUUUCUUGGUAAACAACACCAAGAGGGAGCUGCAUAACGUCUUUAUUAAAAAGCUAUACAGAGACAACCUGUUUGAAGAAAUGUUGCAAGAACCUGAGGAGAUAGCCAUGAAAAGAAAACGCUGUCGAGAACUUCUCCGAGCUUAUCAGCAGGCUUUUAAGGACUUGGAAGAACUCCCCAUGGAAGCUGAAACAGUUGAAAGAGGAUAUAGUUUGCCAGAAACAACUGGUCUGCCUAAAAUUCAUGGAUUACCAACAUCAUCCAUGUACUCUACAAGCAGUUCUGGAGACUAUUAUGGAGCUUCUCCGAAGUGUUCCAAGUCAAAAAGGUCUUCCCAUUCUGGGGAGCUUCAAUCACCAUUGCAUGCUAAUGCAGAUUCCAAUGGGAGCGGAAGGCAAUUCGUGUCAGGGUUUUAUCCCACGGUUGAUGCAUGAGCUGUAGGUGAAUGAGCUCAUUAGUGGAAGUAGUUUAACUCAAGGCAUUUUAUUCAUUUGAUUACACUGCAACUUUCGGGAUUUAGAAUUCUGCCUCCCGGAGCUGGACUGCAUGAAAAUUACUCUAUCUAACUAAAAUGGUCUUGAAUGUUGGCCACUGCUUUCUUUUUCAUAAGUUCACUUUUUCUUCUCAUAUAGCAUUGGCAUUAUUUACAAGGCUCCAGAGAAAGAAUAAUAGGAGCAGAUGAUCUUUCACCUUUUUGAGAAUCGGCUUUCUCUCUAUAUUCAUGUAUAUGACCUUACUUUUUUGGUUAGAUAUUUUUGUUGUCAAUCGACAAUUAUGUAGUUCGAGUUUUGUUUUGUUUCCUUUUUGAUUUUGGGUGAAUUACCUUUCAGGGGUAGUAGCAGUGGCUAUUAUAUACAUUUACAAGCAGCGUUGAGAUACCAAUUUUAGAUAAAAUGUAGGGAUUUUCCCUGGUGAUUGUUAUUGCAAUUACUAUAUUAUUAUUAAAUGAAAUAUAUGUGAGUUUUAUUAAAGA